GGAGUCGCACUGAGCGCGUGCUUUUCAUUUGAGCAGAAGGAAGAAACAAAUUAUCCUGCCUCAGAUUUCUGUUCUGGGCUGCAGGCAGAUCUUGUUCUAGUCUUUAGCGGUGAGUGCGCCAUGGCGUCAGCCGGUAUGAAAGAGCACCUUUACAAGGUGCUGGUGAUUGGGGAGUUCGGCGUUGGCAAAACCAGCAUCAUACGUAGAUAUACCGAAGGGUAUUUCUCGCCGAACUACAAGCUGACAAUCGGCGUGGACUUCGCGCUGAAGACCCUAGAAUGGGACGAGUCGACCAAGGUCAACCUGCAGCUGUGGGACAUUGCCGGACACGAGCGCUUCGGACACAUGACUCGCGUCUACUAUAAGUAUGCCAUUGCAGCGAUCAUAGUUUACGACCUGUCGCGGCCGGCGACGUUCGACUCGGUGCUAAAAUGGUUCCACGACGUGAACCAGAAGGUGAUGCUUGCAAACGAGAAACCAGUACCGGUGUUGCUCAUUGCCAAUAAGUGCGACCUUGAGGAUGCGCAGGCGCACCUAGACUCAAAUUCUCUGGACGACUUCUGCAAGGAGCACGGUUUCAUCGGCUGGUAUCCCACGUCGGCCAAGGACGACCAGAAUAUCGGCGAGGCCAUGACGUUCCUGGUGAAGCAUAUCCUAUCGCUGAGCGCCGACGUGCAGAAACACAACCAAGAGACGAUAGCGCUAGAGGGUGGAAAGGGAGCGCUUGACGAGGACGGCGAAGACGCGCCCACGUCCAGAUUCAACUUCGAGCUACCCAGCCUGGAGAGCAAGUGCACAGGCUGCAAGAGUCAAUAGCGGCCAUCUCUCUUCUAGGUUAGUCAUGGUACGCCUGUGCGUACUCUAGAAUUUGUACAAAGUUGUCUGCCAGUGUGCCUUCCCCAUUCAAAUAUUUCUUGGGUCAGAAGUAUUCGUGAAAAACGUUCUGCGAUGCAUAUUCGUGUAAUCUUUCAAAGCAAAAAUUCUUUCGUGAAGAAAACAUUAUAACCUUGACAUUCGGUACUAAUUCAUUACAGGUGCUGCAUAGGGCAUCUGAUGCCAGUGGUUUAGCAUGCACACAUAGUCCCUGUACAGCCCAAACGUUGCUGUUGUCCUUCACCUUGUACACCCAGUUGUUUUGCGUCGCCAUAUUCAGGACGGCAGGGUGUGUCUGCGAGAAUUUGCGUUGUGAGAACCGUAAUGCAGAAGGUAUACCCAUAUUUGCAUUGUGAUCAUUUGUAUGAUUAUUUUAUGGUGUAGCCUUCCACACCUGGCGUCUGGGCGCUACGGCAUAUGUCUGAGUCAAAUUAUUUUCUAAAAUCCUGGAUGCUGGGCAUUCAGUGUCGGAUGCCGAAAUGAUGAGAAUCUAUUUGUUUACUCCAUUCUGUUAUGCGUCACUCAUCAUCGUUUUACUUGCACUUGGGCUUUGAUGACUUUACAUAUUAACUCCUAAUGGAGGUGUCAACGAAGA